UUGUUUGCUUGAAUGACAGGAGAGAGAAGAAAGUGUUUUUUUUUUCUCUGUGAUGUGGACUCUUGGUUGGGGAGUUGUUUUAUCUGAAGAGUAGGAUGAAAGAAAUACGGCCAUUGUAACAGUGAUGAUGAAGGAAUGAUGUGCUUAGUUUGAGAAUAGUGUGCUUGGUGUGCGAAAUACCCGAUGACGUAGUGGCCUCAUCCGCCCCACUGCCGUCUGCAUUCAUGCGCCUUUUAUGCGUACCAUGGGAAAUGCUGCAACGGCCAAGAAAGGGGAUACCGCUGAAAAUGUUCGAGAUAUCCUAGAAGAGGCGAGGAAGGACUUCGAGGAGAAAUGGAAGAAGCCCUCAGCGAGCAAUGCAACCCUGGACGAUUUCGACCGGAUAAAGACCCUGGGAACAGGUUCCUUCGGCCGAGUCAUGUUGGUCCAGCACAAGGCCAACAAAACCUACCAUGCCAUGAAAAUCCUCGACAAGCAGAAGGUUGUGAAAUUGAAGCAGGUUGAGCACACGCUGAACGAGAAGAAGAUCCUCCAGGCCAUCAGCUUCCCCUUCCUCGUCAACCUUGAAUAUCACUUCAAGGCAAGUGGAGAAGAAAUUUUUCUCAAUUCCCCUCUGCCUUUCCUCAUGCCUUAUUCCUUCCUUUUCCUCAUUGAGCCUCAUUCGCGGUUCUAUGCAUCGCAAAUCGUGCUUGCCUUCCAAUACCUCCAUUACCUGGAUCUUAUCUACCGGGACCUGAAACCUGAGAACCUUCUCAUCGACGAAAAGGGCUAUCUCAAGGUGACGGAUUUUGGGUUUGCGAAGAGGGUGAAGGGGAGGACGUGGACCCUCUGCGGGACUCCCGAAUACUUGGCUCCCGAAAUCAUCCUCAGCAAAGGUCGCGGGAGUCGGGGUAGCCAGGCGGGCUCCUGCGUGGGACUCCUCGUCUUUCGGCACGCCACCUACGUUUCCUUCGCCUCUUGCGGUGUGGUUGGGACUCCUCGCACCGUGGGGCUAGAUUUCACCCCCAUGAGUCAUGAGAUCAUGGGAGUAGAGUGGGACAAGAGAGACGGGGAAGAAGAGAGGGAUGUUUUCAGGCUCAUGGCUCAUGCCAACCAUGGCUACAACAAAGCUGUGGACUGGUGGGCGCUGGGUGUGCUCAUCUAUGAAAUGGCUGCCGGCUACCCGCCUUUCUUUGCCGACCAACCCAUCCAAAUAUAUGAAAAGAUAGUCUCAGGAAAGGUGAGAUUCCCAGCACACUUCAGUGGAGAGUUGAAAGACCUUCUGAAGAACCUCCUCCAGGUCGACUUGACCAAGCGCUUUGGGAACCUCAAGAAUGGAGUUGAUGACAUUCGCAACCACAAGUGGUUUGCCACCACUGAUUGGAUUGCUAUCUAUCAGCGAAAGGCACAGGUGUUUCUGAAGCCUAGGAUCAAGCAUGAUGGCGAUGCAAUGCACUUUGCCAAUUACACCGAAGACGAGGGCUUGUUCAACAUUGCAGCCGUUGAGCUCUUUGCUGACGAGUUCAAAGACUUCUAAGCUUGCUUUCCACUUCUCACACCCUUAUUUUGCAUGGUCGAGGCUCCAUUCGUCCCAAAAAUUAAUAAAGAUAAGGGAGGAGACACGAGCAACUUCGACGAAUACGAAGAGGAACCAUUGCGCGUUUCCUCCACGGAGAAGUGUGCCAAGGAAUUUGCAGAAUUCUGAUGGCCCUCACUCAUUAUCCUGGUGCAAUUCUUGUUGUGCUGGCUGUUUGAGAAGGAAAACAGGCACCGGUCAUUUUUGCAAAGUGGACGUGUUUUCUCCGUAUGGGUGUGCUUGUGAGCCUCGGUCAGACUUCCUGUGACUUCAAACCGUGGAUGCAACUGAUCAAAGAAGCAAAUUCAAAUUUCAUAGUUCCAAGACAAAACAUGAAAAAAAAAACCUGUUAAGGUGCAGCGAUUUCAGACUGUGAUGUGGCGCGAUUCUCUGUCCUGUCAUGGGAGAAGGAGUGGCGGUAGGAAGAAGGAAGAUGCGUCCUCUCUCGACGCACCGUGCUCACUUCACUUUUGGGGGGACGCUCGCUUGUGGGACGUUCGGAGAGAGGCGCACCGUGGCAGCACUGCCUCUGCCUCGUGGUGUGGGCAUAAGCAUAUCCCUUCCCUCCUCCAGUCCUUCCUUCCUUCCUUCCUUCUUCCUCCCCCUCCCCCAAGAAAAACAAGUCUUAUAUCACGAAGAGAUAUUCCCGUUUUCUUUGGCAUUCCGGACACCAUCAGCUGUGGAUGCAUCUCGUGUUUGUAUUUGCGUCAUGAUGGGCAUAAUCCUAGUCAGCUACCAAGUUAGACAUCUUGUUUUUUUGUUUCUCUUCUUCUCUGCUCUCUCUCUCUCUCUCUUUCUCUCUUUCUCUCUCCCAUUAUCGUUUUUCUCACCCGAUUUAAAAUGAUUUUUUUCUCAACGCCGAGUUCCCUUUGAUUCCAUGAAAUUUGCAGUGCCCCAAAUUCUCGAAUCAUGUCUCUGUUUGAUCUUGUGACACACACAUGUGAUGCCGGCUGGUGGUGAUGAUCAUGCCGAUGAUGAUGAUGAUGAUGAUGUUGGUGAUGUCGAUAUGCCGAUGAUGAUGCUGACGAUCACGUUGGUCACUUCAUCGUCCCCUUUGAAAGUCCGAACAAUCAAAGUUCUUUUCAAGUCCACAGAUGACCUGGUUCUCGGUCUCUCGUCUUUCUCUCGUCGACUGUGUUUUUUUCCCCCCAUCUCCUUCUGUCUUCUGACCCAUCUCCCCUUUCGCCUCUCGAUCGGUUGUGUACAGAUUCUUGCAGAGUUUAUAUUUAAAACAAAAUCCAUCCAGAGAGACAGAUAUUUUAGGCAGGCUUUUCUUUUUCCAUUUCUCCCAUCUCUCCUGCCCCUUUAUCGUUCGUGUCUGAAUUUUUCCCAUGGCCUCUGCACGCUUCUUUCUUUUAUGCCAACACGGACAGACGGGUCGCAAGCCUUUCGCUCUCGGCACAGGAUCUCGUAUCUCAGAGACGCUGGCCACGAAAACGAGUCUUUCUCGUGCCAGGCAGCUAAUAAACCUCUUCCUGACUCAGUCCUUGUUCUCUGUAUAAAACCGAGCAUAAGUUAUCUUACGACAUUGGAUGCACGAAGGAUCGAAAAGUGCCAUAGUUGCGAGUUGCGAUCGGCUUGCUUCCCGUUUCCCUCUCCCUUUCUGUCGGCAUGGAAAUAUUUUUUUUUUCCUUCCCCCAAUUCUCUUUCUCUCACUCGAGAUGGCCUCUUGUAUCUGCUCUGGACACACGAGACACGAGCUAAUAAAAUGUGAUUUUCAGUCCA